CAGAGAAAAAGAGAAAAAACAACAUUACGUCAAAACAACUAAAAUAUUUUUUUUUUUUAGAAAAAAAAAAGCAGCCAAAGAAAUUUUACCAAUUUUUGUGAUUAAUUACGAGUGAAAAAGUAGAAAAAAUAUAUGUAAUUUUUAUUGCUAACAAAAGAAAAACUUAGUAAAAAUUGUUGUCAACCAAACUGCCUCUAUUUACUGUUGUUGAACAGCAGCAGACAUUGUGUAAAAUAAUUGAAGGUGUUCGUUCGUUCGAGUGCUGAAUACUGAGUAAUGGCAGAAUCAAUAGUCCAAGAUUGGUUGACGGAUUUUCAACGUAUACAGGGUCAACCUUCAGAGGUUAAAGAUUUUGCCAAUGAACAUGACAGUGAUUCGGAAAUAGCUGAAGCAAUUUUUACCAUUUUGCAUGAUCGUCAAAGGCAUGAAUCAUUGGUUCAUGAUAUUUGCCAACAGUUGUUGGCCUUCUAUCGUAGCACCGAAAAAUCAUUACAAAAGUUCCCGUUACAAUUUAUACCUGUUCUAAUCUAUACGUACCUGCAUGCCGUUGCCGGUGGUGAUAAAAAAGGUGUACGUAGUUUGGAAACACUUUUAAUCUGCAUUUACAAUGGUGAAGUGUCUACGGAGGAGGGGGGCGAACGGGUGGUACAAUUUCGUAUGCCUAUUCUAGCUCAGGCCUCUGUGUAUCAUGAAGAAAAGAAUUUACCAUUGACUGAUUUGCGACGCUGGGAAGAGAAUUGUAAUCGUGAAGUAAAAUGGGGUCCACAUCAGCGCAUCGAAGCGAUUACAGCCCAAAAUCGUUUGAGAAUAAUGACCGCUUUAUUGUUUUGCUAUAAUCAACAAGUUAGUUUAACUCAAAAAUCAGCACUCAUACACUUGUGCCGAGUGUCCUCACAAUUGGUGACAGAAGGAUUCAAUACGAAAUCAACUCAUGCUCAUAGGAUCUCAUAUGGCUCGGAUCCUUCACUAAUGCCUAAAUCCAUGAUACCGCGCAUUCCAUUAUCAUCAGCAUUCCUUGUGGAAUUAGUGCAUGCCAUUUAUUUUGCCAUGUUUAAUGGUUUUGGUACUGUGGCCAUCCAAACACUGGAAGAUAUACAUAAUAGAGCGUGCUUUGAAAUGUACACUGAAUUGAUACUAAUCACUAGUGCAGUACGUAACUCUCUGCAUGCCAAUCCCUCAGGCCAGCCCAGUGAUGGUCCCAUGGGCCUGAGCGUAGCUCUAACACCAUCCACCAAUACUGUAACCACCGCUGUCUCAAAAUCAAUGAUAACAAAUGCAUCAUUCCGUACGAAAAAAUUACCCGAUGAUAUACCUAUCCAAGUGCAAGAUCUUACAAUGCCACAGGCGCCUCAACAGCUGGCCAGUGUGACAGAAGAAACUGCCGAACAAACACAAAAUGCCAAAGAAGGCAAGGAAUCGGGUCAAGGUUCACGCAAUUCCAUUAUACGACCUAGCAUGGAGGGCAUUAAGGCCCAAGCUCAUAAAGCCUUGAUAGCAGGUUUCAAAAAAUCCAAAGGCAAAGAGAAGGACAAAGACAAGGAUGCCGGCGAUGCUACAACUGGUGCUCAUCAAACAAACGGCAAUGCUGCCACAAAUAACAUAGACAGUAGUACUAAACCACCGCAACGAAAACUAGAUAAACACAUGCAACGCAAUUCCCUAAUGCAACUGCAAAUGGAAAGCUCUUCUUCGGAGUUUGAAAAGAGUCCGGGACCGGUGAAGGGCAAAACUUACGAAUCAUUAGAUACCAUGGAAAUGUUGCCAAUGCAAUCGUUAUUGGCAAACGAAAGCGGUAGUGGCAGUUUUAGCAUUGACAGUGAUUUAAAUGGUGGUGCUCUUGUAACAGGUACAAACGUUAGUUCAGGCUUAGGAGGUGGUGGUGGUGGUGUUGUUGUGGGCGGUAGUGUCGUUGGUGGUCUAACAAAUAAUAGCAAUAAUAAUAGUACAACAACUACCACCUCUUUAACUAGCAGUGACCUGUUAACUACAAAAAGUUUCGAUUCCAGUAUUGAACUACCACCACUCAGUGCAACGCCCGGUAUUGUGGGGGUAAAAACGAAUGAUACACUUGUGGAUUAGUGCUUUUCUAAGGCUUCCAGUGGCCUAGGCUACUUAUAUUAUGGUUAAAAUCUAAUUUCACCUGUUUAAUAGCAUACAUACAAAAUUAUCUCUUAUUUAAUGGUGAUCAUUGGUACAAACAAGACUUUAUUUUGUUUGUUUUUUUUUAUUUAAUUUAUUUACGGGUGAAGCAGGUGUUUUGUUUUAUGUUUGUAUUUUUUUUUUAAAUUACAUAGCUAUGUAUAUGUAUAGAUAUGUACAUUAAGAUUAAAGCACUUUUUGUUCUAUUGUGCCAAUGACUUACAAGGUAUUCCAUACGUUUGUAUGAGCAUUUUAUUAAAUUUUUAAUUUUAAACUUAAAAACAAAAUUGAUGAAAAACAUAACUUGUUGAUUAAUAAAUUGAGAUUGUUGAACUUAA